AAGUGACAGAGGAUUAUGGGAUGGAUUCCCUCCUUCGGGCUUAAAUAUGAGCGGCCAGCUUCUUCCAGCACCCAUCCGGCUUCCAUCAUGCUCUGCUCCACGCUCUUCCUGGCAGCAUCAUGUGUGCUGAUAACUUCAGUUUUCUCCCAGAAGCUUCGCGUUGUGGCGUGUGAAGGAUCCGCGGCUCAGCUGGACUGUGACGAAGGUGAGGUCAUAUCUGUGACCAGUGCUACAUAUGGACGCAGUGACCGGAACACGUGCAUCGCUGGACGACCCGCCAACCAGAUAACCAACGUCCGAUGCUCCAGCAGCUCAAAUAAAGUUGCUGAGAGCUGCAACGGGAAGCAGAGCUGUUCUAUCACAGCAGCAAACUCUGUGUUUGGAGAUCCCUGCGUGGGAACCUACAAGUACCUGGAGGUGGAKUACAUUUGUUACGCUUUUCUGACUGGGUGAAACCGUCAUCCUGUGUUCUGGAUGAAAUUCAUAAUAAUCAGGAAUAUCUACAGCAUUGAUUAGCAGCUUCAUGUCUCUUCAAAUUAAAAUACUUUAUUGGUCCCAAAGGGAAAUUAUCUAC